UCCUGUUUGAAGAAGAUGAUUUUCUUGAACAACUUGUUUGUUUGAUUUUAUUAACUCAGAAGCAGGCGGCGUUAAAAGUAAAUGCAACGCAAUUCAAAUCAAUUUCAAAAGUUUGGAACUUCAGGCUUUGCCGCCGCCCGGCAGAAAUAAAUCACGGAGCGCGCGUGGCCGAUUCAAGUCGAAUUUCGCGCGCCCAGAGGAAGGCAUCAGCGCGCAGUUUUCUACUUCGCUUUUUUAGAUAGCUCUCGAUGUGGCCGAGUCUGACGGCGCGUUGUGUGCGCCUUUCUUACCGUCAUCGACCCAUUUCGACGCACAAGCGCCACAAAUGGCGCGCACCCGGGCGGCUUUUGGAGUGUAUGUGAGGGGUAGGGGUUGCGUAAAUGCGCGGCCCCCACUGGGGCCGUGUAGGAUUCCACAUGACAUGUCAGCACAUGCCCGCGUCCGCGGGCUCGGCCGGUCCUUGGUGUGUGCCGCACUUGGCGAGACACAGAAGCAAUUCGCCGUGGUCGCUUCUCGCGAAGCUUUCAGAAGCUUCGCAAUAGCUGCGGGCGGCGUAAGGAGAUUGGGACACGCCAAAAACAUGGCUGAUUGGCGCUGGUGCGUGGACUGCUUUAUUUCUGAGUUGGAUGCGCUCCCUCGCGGGCAGUCCUGGUUGAUUCGCCACUCCAUUUUGCCGGAGAGGAAACUUGGUCCAAAUUUGAUCCAAAAUUGAUCCAGACACGGAUACGUAUAUGUGGACCAAAUUUGGACCGAGUUUGGACCAACUCUUGACCGAAUCUCGAUCAACCAUUUGAAAUUGGCCAGAAUCUCGAUCAACCGUUUGAAAUUGGCCAGAUUCUCGAUCAACCGUUUGAAAAUGGCCGGCAUCUCGAUUAGCCGUUUGAAAUUCCCGACUGUCGUUUGAAAUCCCCGGCCGCAGUCUGGGGUUGUCGAUGAAAGGCACCGGCCUGCCGCCAGCGGGCCGGUCCCUUUUCUAAUCAGUUGGCCUCUGAGGCUGCUGGCGAAUUUGGGUUGGCCUCCCUUCCUGUUUGUGAAAAGUUGAGCGGUUGGCAGGAAGACGCAACUUCUGCAACGUGCACAGAUGGAAAGAUGGGGACUUCGGGCGAGCUCUUCGCCCAUCGCGAAUUGCGCCUGGCUACUCGCCUUGAGCAACCUACUUUGACGUGUCAGCCUCUUCAUUAUUUCGGUGAAGCAGACGAGCGCGCAUGUUUGUUAUUUCGGUGAAGAAGAUGAUUUUCUUGAACAACUUGUUUGUUUGAUUUUACAGAACAGUCUAAAACGCACCAGAGAAAUUCGCGGUUUCUGUAUCCGGGGGGUCAGACUAGGAGGUGGCCGGGUACUAGGGGGCUUGGCAUUUCAGCUUUGGCACGACGAGGCCGUGUGCCGGAGUUUCAGCGACGCACCAAGCAAGUUUCUCUCUUGGCAAUUUCGGACUCUGAUUACAAACCCAGGCGCCUGGGCGGCUUUUGGAUUGGGCGGCGCGCCGCCGGUGUCUCAUCUUCUGGAAGGAAUUGCUCGGGUGCUUUCUUUGUGUCGGUUGGCAAACUACUUUCGCUACAAACUGCAAGGCGUUUUGGUGGGGCUAUCUUUGGGUUAGGUUUUCUUUCACAUUUUUGGGCAGCGGCUCUGGAGUUCUUUUCCGCCCGUAUUUGUUCUGGCACGGGCUUCCUGGUCGGCAUGCUAGCCUCGGCAGUGCCCUGGUUUGGCUUUCGUAGCUAUCUCCAUUUCGCACCAGAAUUGUCAAUGACAGGCGUCAUACGUAGCAAGCGCCGCUACGUGUAGCUCUCCCCUCUCCGUCAGGGGGUCCUAAUUCCGGGUCGGGUGCAAGUGGGCCUUGGGUGUUAUAGGCCAGGCAGCGCUGGGUCUGGUCGCCCCUGUUUUGGAGCCGUC